CGGGAGGAUGCUUUGGGGGGCUAUCGCGCGCGGGGGCUCUAACUUGACAAGAUGAGCUUGCCAGCAGAGGUUGUGCAGAAGAUCCAGGACUUUGCCAAAAGUUGCAAUGAAUUUGAGACGCAACGCGAGCAAGAGUUCACUGGCGCAAGCCACUCCGGUAACUAUGGAAAGGAGCUCGAUGCAACCCUGAAGAGUCUACAGGAGCAGGCUGAAAGACAAGAAUCUACACUGAAUAGACUGCGAGCAAGGAGUCCUCUCGAUCUCCCUCGACCAGAUCUAGACCCCGCGACCCGCCUUGCGCAAACUCGUCGAGCUGCUGCUGCCUACCGAUCUCUCACUGCCAAACAACCAGAGCUGCCCGCACCUGGCUCCCCUCUCAGUGGCCUUUUGGUAUUCCGGGAUUCCAUCCGGUUGAUUCGAGAGCUCAAAGCCAGCAUCUCCGCCGUCACGCAAGAUCUCGUCGCGAACCGCGAGCGAUUGAACACGGAAGAAGCAAAUCUCCGGGAUGCGCGAAUGAUUACAGCAGAAUUGCGAAGAAGGUUGGAGGCCGUGCAAACCCAGCAACAACAAGAAGCGAGGAAGAAGAAGAAACCCUCACAACUCGCCAAGGAGCUGAUUCAGAAGGAGCGAAACAGAGAAACAGAGCUCGACAGAAGGACGGCCGAGUUAAAGGUUGCAUUGAAGAGUUUUGUUGACGAGCACCUUGCUUCCAUGUUGGCAGCUGAAGAUCUGGGUGGACCCGUGGUGGGUGACCAGGUCGAUAUCUCCGACAGCACACUUGAAGCUGGGUAUACAGCUCAUGGCAAGGAGAAGAAGCCCAAAACAAAGCAUGUAGAUGAUGCGGAUUCGAGGCAGCAGCGGAUUGAUGACCUUGUUCGCCGUCGAGCUAGCGGUGUUGAGGGGCCAGCUUCGACGGUCAACAAUAGAAGGGAUGCUUCGGCAGCGGAGUUUCACGCCUUGAUUGACAGGCUAUUGGAUGCAGCAUCAACUUCAUCCUAUAUCGAGCUUGAAAAGGAUUCUGCUGUAUCAAGAUUCCUUGUCAAAGCCAAAGUGGCGCAAUUCCAUCCAAGAGACUCGCGAAAAUUACGACUGGUGGAUGUUGCGAGAGAUAUAUCUGACUAACACCCUCCCAGCUACACGUCCAUCGCAAGGAAAUCUUCCAUUAUGAUCAAUCAUACGGUUACAGACGCAUUUUUCUGUCGUACAUGGGAUGCAUCUAAACUGCUAGUCUAUUGUAUCAUCCCGCAUGGCAAAUAGUUGCUUGAGAAGCUCCUCCACGUUGGCCCGCAGAGCGUUGUGGUACAUGGUAUUGGUGAUAAAGUUCUUGCACCCCUUAAUUGACGCAGCUGUCUCUCUCGCGAAAUCAUAAUGCACGUACAUGUCAUCAACGUAUGUGGCUGAGUAUACCGGGACUUCAUUGUUUGCCAGCUGUUCUUUGUCGUAUAAUUCUGGCCAGUCAUCGUACGAGGCAACGAUGUCAGCGGCCUCUUUAAUCUGUUUUAAUUCGGUAGAUGUCUCGAAGAGAUUCUUGUAAACCUGCGCUAGUGUGAGCAACCUUUCCUCAUAGCUGCAGAAAACGAUAAUAACCCUACCAUCUCUCCUGUGAAGAAUAUCCCUUCUGGAUUUCCUCGGCUUCGGAAACUGGACAGUUUCUGAAUCACCCUAUCGGCACACCAAUUCGAAGCAGCCCUAUCCGAGUGUUAGCAGAUGUUACCAGUUGAGCUCGCAGAUUGAACAUGCUAACCCCUGGCAAUAGAUGGCCUCGUGGAGGACGGCAUAGAUAAUGCUGUUGUCAAAAGUACUACCACUGUCAACCAAAGAGAUUGUCGGCCGUGUGAGGAAGCCAAACACCUCGAGAUCAUUGGAGCACCUGAGGACAAUGUCUGGAUAGUUUCAGUGUUAGAAAUGAGUUUCUGCCUUUCGGACUCUGCUUAACGCACCAUGGACGUAAUCAAGCCCUCCUGUUUUUUU